UAAGCCAUUAUGUCGAUGUCACUAUUUGGUAGGAAACAACUUCUAAUUUACGAACUGUAGGUAGUGGACUGUGAAACACUAGCUAGUUUUUUUACCGUGUAAUAUAUCUUUUCGAUUCGCCUGGUUUUAAAAACUAUGCACUGUAAAUUAAGCACUACGGAUACGGGUUAAGCAGUUCAAGUAAAUGUUGGCUUAAUUCUAAAUAAUCUAUGUUAAUGUAAUAACCAGCUAGUGACCUCGAAGCCUCAGAAGGAAGGAUUGUCGUGCAACUUGUUUAGGACUGAAUGGCUGCAUAACGAAAUCCCGAAUAUUCUAUUCUCUGAUCACUGAAGCAGGAUAUAAGAUCUAUCCUCUUAUAAAAACACAAGUGCGUUAUGUCGGGUGAGACGCCGAUACAGUCGGGGGACGGGCUUCAUACGCCGGCGUACCUCUCGUGGAGGAAGUUGCAGCUUAGUAGGGCGAAACUGAAGGCUUCCAGCAAAACAUCUGCCCUACUUUCCGGUUUCGCUAUGGUGGCUAUGGUCGAAGUACAAUUAAAUCCAGCCCCCACUGCAGUACCAAAGGAGAUGCUCGUCGCUUUCACGGUGUGCACAACACUCUUAGUCGCAGUCCACAUGCUCGCGCUCAUGAUUAGCACCUGCAUUUUGCCAAACAUCGAAGCAGUCGGCAACUUGCAUAGUAUAGCGCUCGUCCAUGAGUCGCCACACGAGAGACUCCACUGGUACAUCGAAGUGGCUUGGGCUUUUUCGACCCUCUUAGGCUUAAUCUUAUUCUUGAUAGAGAUAGCUAUACUAUGUUGGGUUAAAUUCUACGAUUUGAGUCCGACGGCAGCUUGGUCGGCCUGUGUGGUCCUUAUACCUGUUAUGAUUGUAUUUUUGGCGUUCGCAAUACAUUUUUACAUGUCCCUGGCGACGCACAAGUACGAAGUCACGGUGACAGGUAUCAAAGAAUUAGAAUUGCUCAAAGAACAGAUCGAAAUGGGCGACCACGACGCCAGAAUGAACAGCUUAACGUUGCUGGACCAAAGUCGGGUCGUCUGAUCUUUUUACUAUUUACUGGGAUUGUUUUUAGCCUUUUAUUGGUUUUAUUAAAAAUUAUGUACUUAGUUGUAAAAUAGUACUUAAACAUGUAAACUGGACGACGUCGAAUGCGCGAUAACACGUGCCUUCAUUGUAUCCGUUGUUUCUACGUUUAUUUUCAGCUACGGAUCUACGUGUAUCUUUGUUAUCUUUGUACCGGUCUCAAAACUUAAUAUAAUAAUAAUCUCAUUAAAAUACUUACGUUUAUUUUAAUUUUCGGUCAAAUGUUUAUCUAAACAUGACAAGGUUGAGAAGUGAAUCUCCAUAAAUUUGUUUGGUCAACGAUGUAUUCAAUGUUGUAUGAUUAAAUUUUGAAAAUCAAUAAAAAUAAAAUCCAAAGAAUAUAAAAUCGACUCGUUGAUAAUCUAUGAAUUGAAUUUAAAUUGAAGUGAUAUGGCAUGAUAAUUUGAAGGGAUAAGUAAAUUAAUGUAAUAUUAAUGUUUGGAAUCAUUAUGAGUAGGUAGUUAAUACUGAAUAUUACACCAAUUAAAUAGCCAUUUGUUAAUCGGGUUCAUUAGAAGUGGUGUAGCAAUGGUCAAUUACAGAAGAAAUAAUAUUCUCGCAUUUAACAAAUCAUUACGAAAACAAUUUCGAAGGCCUUUAUGUCAAUGAUAAACAACAUUUCAAAACAAUUUGCUGAAAUUUAUCUAAUAACCAAAACAGAGUUUUGCGUUUUUAUGAAGACAUUAAUGAGCUUAUCGCUCCAUGAAUGAUGCAUUUGGCUUCAAUUAUAAAAAGAUUUACUUGGCAUUAUAACCUGAAAUUACUAUUCAUCUUUGUGUACAAAAUUAAAUGAUCUUCAAUGUAAUGUAAUAAAAAUUGUAAUGUAAAAUUUCACUCGUAUUGGGAAAUGAAUCGGGGGCCCUGAUAGAAUAACCUCAUUGAAAUUUACCACAACACUAAUAGCCUGUCACUGAUGUCGUAGCAUUGAUUAGUAAUAUGUGAUUCCUAACGAAUCUCGAACAUGAUCAUUGAAAAUCGGUAUCGUAUGAAUAGCUCUGAUCUUAAUGUGGAACGAAAUGAUAGUUUCGGUAUGAUUACUGCCAACACAAAUUCAGAGGCAUAAAAAUGUACUGUUUACAAUUAAAAUUAAAUAAAUAGCUAGCUACUACUUAAUCCAUUUUAUUAUGUAAAUUGUGAUGUGAUAAUGACAUUGUGUAAUAAAAUAAGAAUUAUAUCAAAUAAAUAUUUUUUAAAUGUA